UGCGGGUUCGUUUUGCCGUUUUGCAAGCUUUUUAUUUUGACCAUUUUGACGGCUCCCUUCAGUGAGCAUUUUUUGCGUGAUUUGCUCACCUGCAGUUCGUCGAGUGUUUGACCAGAAGGUCGCUGAAAAUUUUCUGCUCUGGAUCAUUGAAUCAACCUGCAUCGUAGCGGUAAAUUUUUGCAUUUCGGGAUUCAGGUAUCACCGGUGAAGGAACAAUAAAGCGGAAAAAUGACAACCAACCAGGGAGGAAGUAACCUGCAGCUGGCGCCGCUGCGCUCGAUCAAUGACUUCCUGCUGGAUUCGGCCCGGUUUCAGUUGCCCAACUUCCAGGAUUUCGAAAAGUGGGGCAACCGGGUGGUCAAAAAUUUGCUCUACUACCAGACCAACUAUUUUCUGAUGAGUGCCGCCGUAUUCCUGCUGGUCGGAUUGAUUCAUCCGUACAAAAUUGUGCUGGGUGUGUCGAUCAUCCUGGCUUUGGUGUACGUAUUUAUCCGAUUCUUUGCUGCCGAAGCCCGGCGUUCCGUGGGUGCCGUGAGCGGCCAGGAACAGCCAAAUAAAUGGCUGGUCUUGGGAGGAGUCAUUGGAGGAGGAUACUUGGUUCUGUUCCUUUUCGAUGCAGUUUUGAUCGUCAUGUUUGCCGUGCUGUUGCCGUUUUCACUAACGUUUGUCCAUGCUUCUUUGCGAUUGCGAAAUAUCAAGAACAAGAUUACCAAUGCGAUCGAGAUCGUCGGAGUGAAGCAGAGCCCCAUGGGACAGUUUUUGGAGGCCAUGAACUUGAUGCCCGAUGCAAUCUAAAAAUACGGACUAUCAUCAACUUAGUAUCUGAAGCCAUCCAAAGAGUGAUGAUUGAACCACAACCUGCUUUCAACUAAGAAUAAUUACCUACCCCAAAAAAAAGUGAAACCCAAUUCAACCAAGAGUUAAGAAAAAUGUUUGAGCUUGACACAGCUUCACAAAACCUGGCCAAAAUGGGCCAACAAUCAACGGCUGCUUUCGAGGUCUGCUGCUAGUCAGUGUUGCGUUUGCUAGUUGAUAAAUUGUAACCAUUACUGAACUCAAUGCUAUUGUCAUCCCCUUAAAUUAGUAGAAUAAGAAACGUGAGAUUAAUGAGUGUGAUCUCCUCAGCCCCGGUACGAGGAGCUUUCAAAAUAAUAAGUUAGAAAAAAAAGUUUCUCUGAAGAUUGAAAAUAAAUUUUGAACGCGUUUCCAAAUAGUUUAA